AUGGCGGAUCGCGAGGAAGAGGAUUUGCAAAUGGCGAUUCGGAUGAGCAUGCAGCAGCACUCGCCGCCAGAGCCGAAGCGGAGCAAGCCGAGGGACGCCGUCGCAGGGGCCGUAUCGGGUUUGCCGGAGGAGUCGCCGGAGGCAAAGAGCCGACGGAUGCAACGAGAGCUCAUGGCCGCGGCCGCUGAGAAGCGGAUGAUGGCGAUGGCUGCGACGUCGACGGCGACGGUGAAUAAGAGCGAUUUGCCGACUGCAACGGCAGCGGGUAAAGGCGGGAAGGGCGGUGGUGAUGUGGUGAUGACAGAGGAAAAGGGGAAAGCCGUGCGUUCGGAAGGUGGGAGUGAGAGGUUGAUGAGUAAGGAGCUGUCUGCAGAAGAAGCGAAUGAGUUGUUUGCCCUUGUGUUUGGGAGUGAGGUCUCAAAGGGGAUUCUAGCGCAAUGGUGCAAUCAGGGAAUAAGGUUUAGCUCUGAUCCAGAAACAUCAAUGGGACUAGUGCAGCAUGAAGGUGGGCCAUGUGGCGUUUUGGCAGCUAUACAAGCAUUUGCGCUCAAAUACAUUCUUUUCUUCCGUAAUGAGUUGAAAGAUGCAUUAUUCAUGCCACAGAACCGGGUCUUGAGGGGAUCGUCUUCUAAAAGUCAAUCUGUUCCAUCAAAUGUUUUUUCUUCACUUACUGAAGAUCUAAAAGUAAGUGCCCUUGUAAGAAGCAUGAGUGAAAUAUUGUUCAUGUGUGGAAAUAAUGAAAGGGCUGUGGUUGCAACUCUGAGCAUUCUAGGGAGUGACAUUCAACAUUCUGAAAAUCUUUCUAGGGAUGAGGUAAUUGCAAAAGCACUCGAAGGUCUUUCCAUAGAAUCCGGCUUGGAUCUGCAAAAAGUUCUUAGAAUUGAAACAUACACGUCGCAAGCAACUGCAUUGAAGAGACUUGAAGCAAUGAUUCCAUCAUUCCAAAGCCGUAUGGGGGCACUGCUUUUCCUGAUAUCUGCUUUACUUUCCCGGGGACUGGACUUGGUUCAAGCUGACAGGGAUGAUCCUAGCCUACCUCUAGUUACUGCUCCUUUUGGGCAUGCGUCACAGGAAAUUGUGAAUUUACUGCUGUGUGGACAGGCUGUCCCUAAUGUCUUUGAUGGCAGGAUGGAUUUAGGUGGAGGAAUGUUUCUUAAAGGUAUAUCCCAGUGUGUAGAAGUUGGAUUUCUCACACUGCUAGAAUCCCUUAAUUUCUGCAAGGUGGGUCAGUAUUUGAAAUGCCCAAAGUGGCCUAUAUGGGUUGUUGGGAGUGAAUCCCACUACACAGUACUGUUUGCCCUUGACACAAGUGUUCAAAACGAGAAUGAACUAGAAGAGAGGGAAUCGCAGAUACGCAAAGCAUUUGAUGCCCAAGAUCAGAGUGGAGGUGGUGGUUUCAUUAGUGUGGAGGGUUUCCAUCAAGUUCUUAGAGAAACAAAUAUCAAACUCCCACAAGAGAAGCUUGAGCACCUUUGUGGUACAGGCUUCAUUGUAUGGAGUGAGUUUUGGCAAGUAAUUUUGGAUCUUGACAAGAGUUUGGGAGGUUUGAAGGAUUCAUCGGGACUGAUGGGUAAGAAGGUUUUUUAUCUCUACCAUUUUAAUGGGAUUGCUAAGUCAGAUCUAAAUGGCGGUCAAUUAAACUUUAGGGGUGAAACUCCAUUACAAAGACCCAGACUCACGAAAUUGAGAGUUUCGGUUCCUCCAAGAUGGACGCCUGAGGAAUACAUGGCAGAUGUGCCAGUUUCAUCUUCUUCCGCAGCAACUGAAUCUUCUGGGAAAGACACUGAAGUAUCAAAACCCGAGCCUUCUCAGCAUGCACCUUUGGUAGAUUGCAUAAGGACUCGCUGGCCGCGUGCCGUAUGCAGUUGGUCAGGGGAUCCUCCUAGUAUAGUCUGAGGGGUUUAUAUGGGGCCGUUUUCCUGUGGUUUUGUAGAAGCAGAAGAGGGUAAGAAAAACAUGGUUCAACACCUGCUAUGCCGCAAGAUUGAAAAGAAAGAGUUGAAGUUUUCAUCAUUUACUUUGGUGUCGCACUUGAAGGCACCUAAUUUGGUU